UUCCGAUUCCAAUCCCCCCAUCCCCCCGCUGCCCCUUCAGUGUCCCGAUAUUUUUCAUCGCCCCCCAAAAUCAGACGCGCCGCGCUCAAUCUCGCUGCCGCGUCGAGGUUCUCGCCGGCCGGCGAUUUCCUUCCUCGCCGUGCGGGAUCAGAGCCGCGCCGAGAGAGGAGGGGACCCUCGCGCGUUCGUCCUGGGAGAGCGGCUCGCCGCGUUCGCCCUCGUCAAGCGCCAACUGCCGACUUCAAUCUCAGCGCAUGCAGCAUCAUCCUCAUCGGCCGCCGAUUCGUCCUCGUCGGCCGCCGACUCGUCCUCAUCGAGCGGAAGUCACGACGAUAGCGAGGUCGCGCCGGCGAUUCGUUAUUGCCGAGAGGGAGGCGCGCGGGAGUGAGGGGGGCUCGUCGUUCUCUUCGCCGGCGAUUUGUGGUCGUUCUCACCGAAGGGGGAGACACACCGGGAGUGAGGGUGGGUUCACGCGUCGAUCUCGUCGCCCGGCGAUUCAUCCUCACCAAGGGGAGGCACGCCGGGAGCGAGGGUGGCGCACUCCCGUGCGUGAUUUUCUCCGGCGGCCUGGGGGUGAUUCAUCUUUCGUCGAGGGAUCACGCUGCGAAGGGAGGGACGACUCCGUGCGCAGGGACCUGCACUCCAUUCGCAGGACAUUCUUUUUAAGGCACAGCCUCUAGAUUUUGAGUGACAGGACCAAUGGAGAAGAAGAGUUUUAGCAGUAAUCUGAAGCUUGGUAAGUUCAGAACUUUGCUGAAGAAUUUAACCAAGGACCAAAAAGAUCUUGUCAAGUUCUGUGGGUUUGGAAGCAUCCUUGAUUUUGAUUGCUCUGAAGCUCCAAGAUCUGUAUCGUUUUGGCUAGCAAAGAAUUUUGAUGUGCCAACGAGGACAGUUAACUUGCAAAAUGGUUCAAGCUUCAUUUUGAAUCCUUUCACAGUACAUCAAAUCCUCGGCACCCCCCUUGGUGGUCGAAGGGUCCCUACCAGAGCCAGCAAGGCAGUUAAGGACAUCAUAGGGAGCGACACUGGGACCGCCAUGGUUGCACCGACAGUUGAUCAGUUGUUCAGUUUGCUAAACAGGGAGCUAGUGGGAGACAAAUUUGUUCGUAUCUUUAUGCUGAUUGCACUUGCCAUCUUCCUAUGCCCCACUAGCUAUGGAAGUGCAAGUUCCCAUUAUUAUUCAGGGAUUGCAUCUGUGGAGGACAUACCAAAAUAUGACUGGUCUUCAUUUGUGCUUGAUUGGUUGGCCACAAGCAUUCAAAAAUUCCAAGAAUCAGCAGCCAAGGGGAAUGCAAUUGGCAAGGACAGGACCUCAUCACUUGGUGGCUGCCUCUUUGUUCUUGCGGUCACGUAUUUUGAGUACAUUAGGACAUCAGAGAUUUUGUUACGUGAUGAUAUCCCUCGGCUCAAAAUAUGGGAUGACUACAUGAUUCAAGAAUUCCUUGCACUGGAUGGUAACAGUGGUGAUGGACGAGCUUUUGGCUUGCUUGAGCUGAAGGACACCAGGGAGUCCCCAUUCCUUGCUGCAUCAAUUUCUUCUGCUAGUUUCUCAAGGCUCCCAGCCCAAGUUGAAGACUUCAUACUGCGUCUCUCCCCAGAUGAUGCCCAUCACAAAGUAUUUUUUUUAGCACUACAAUCUUUUUUUCUCUAUUUUUGUACGCCCACCUCUAAUAUUUUGGUGUACAAACCUUCUCAACAGGUUAGAAAAGACUUAUCCGACAUGUGCAGAAGUUUCUACAAGGAUCUGAUGGGGUCAGCCCUUGCUGCAAUCCAACCUGUUAUCAUAAAGCAAAUGUGCAAGAUGGCACAAGUUAUGUUCGACGAGCUGACGAUGAACAGUGCAAGAGGGAUAUCGGCUGAUACCAACACAUCUACACAAGGGCAAACAACAGUUUCAAUGAAAUGUGCGAGAAUUCAGAAUCAAAGUGGAGUAAAAGCAAGGUCUCCUCAUACAACUUUGGAUACAAACAGAGCUCAACAUGCUGAUGUAGAGAAGUCUCCAAAUGGCAGGAGUGUACUUAAUGCUAGUAAUGUGAAUACCAGAUCCCCAUCAACAAUCCAAUGUGCUCAACACUUCAGAUACAAUGAUCCUCAGUCCAGCAGUAGGCUGAAUGUUCAUGGUGCUGCUAAUGAGACUUGCGAUCAUGAGCAGACUAUUCACAACGAGGGAAACAUCCUACAUCAAGGCUCGCAAAACGUAAAUCCAGAUUCUAAUCCCAUUUUCAGCAGAGAUGACAGAGAUGACUUCAUUUCCAAGGGGGAUUCUACUCCAGAAAAGGACCUCACAGCUCCUGGCAAUAAAAGUGAUACUCCAAAUGAUCUGGUUGGGAUGACACCUAACAUUGCCUCUAAUCCUCAGGUUGAUCACCCUGGCAGCUGUGAGGUUCAAUUCUCACCCUCACUCAAUUGUCAAAUGGAAGGUGAUCUGAAUAACAACUCAAAAGGCACACCUGUUUGUGAUGUUGAACCUGAUAGUAGGCUAUACACAGACCGGGUUGUACCUGAUUCAUUUGAGCGUUCUUGCAAUGUGGUUAGGAAGACCGCAACACAACUGCUGUCUAUUGCAAAUGACAGGGGAGACAAGACAUCAGCCAAUAAUGGCCCUAAGAAGAAUCGCAGAUUAGGCAUGCAAUUCCACAAUGACACGGCACCAAAGCUUGUGCUAGCGUCAACCAUCUCUGAUAUUGAGAUAUCCUCAGAAGAUAAUAGUCCAACAAAGGUCUCAACUGGCAAGAAAUGCGUGCCUGUAUCCAGUCCAGUGGUAUCUGACAGAAACCUUAGUAGCAACUCAGAAGAAGAUGAAGAAGAUAGUGUACAAAUAAUUCUAUCUGACAAGUUCACAAGGAGACGUGCCAUCAAGUUGCCAAGAUCACUAGCAUCACCUAGUGUUUGUUUGGAUAUUCCACGGCAGAAGAUCACAGUGUCCAAAUUUGAGAGUGACCUUUACUACAUGUCAACUAAACGCAUUGGAAAAAAAGUCAAAAGCAAAACCAUUGCCUGUAUUAGUCGUUUUCAUGUUGAUCAUCGUACAUUUUGGGAUUCAAUGCGAUCGAGGUGUCGAGUGGGCACAUUCACAAUGAAUGUGUUCUAUGAAGCAUGCAAUUCAGAUUAUAGAGACAACCCAAACAUGAAGCCCUCCAAGUGUUUCCUAACGUCAGAUGCCAUUGACAUCCUGAAAUCAAAGAAGUCUACUGUGUGUGAAGCAGUUGAAAUACUAUCGCCUGAAAUCACCAGGUUUUCUAUGCGCGACUUCAACAUGGUGAUGAUCCCUGUAUGUCACAGCGGACAUUGGUGGCUGAUUGUUGCAAAUCUUAGAGACCACCGCUUUGACAUACUAAACUCAUGUGAAAUGAAUUCAACUUCUUGCAUAAUCACAUCACUAAUAGUAAGCAUCUUUUUUUUCCUUUUUUGUCUUUUUUCUUUUAACAUUUUUUGUGCAUUUUUCCUAUUCAUGCCAAUAGAUUCACUAGGAGCACUCACGCGGGGUUUUUUUUUUCACUUUCUUUUUUGCUGUUUCAACACCAUGAAGUGUGAUAAGUUUAGGAAAGCAUAUGAUACAAUGUUCAAGAAUUCUGACAUUAUCAAUAAAAAUACAUUCCCUGUACGUGUACAACAAGCACCUCAGCAAACAACAACGCAUGACUGCGGCAUCUUUGUGAUGAAGUUCCUUCAAACAUGGGAUGACAGGAAGUUACAAAACAUCUCACAGAAUGACAUCCCCAUGCACCGGCAGAAGAUAGUAGCAUAUAUCCUAACACAUAAAUUCAACUGCCAGACCAUCAACAGUGUAAGCAAGUUCAUUGAGGCUAAUAGGGAUUAACACGUGUGUUCAAUCUUCUUAUUCUUUUUUAAUUUUUCGUGCACAAUUUUUUUUACGCUAAACCAGAUCAGGCUGAGAAUAAUGUUAAACCAGAUUCUUUGAAUAAUAUAGCAAAGUAUAACUGCAGUCAUGAAUUUUUUGCAACCAACCAUGCGUUAGAUGUAUAGCCGUCUCAUUCCAGCACAGCAAUCCAACACACAUAUAUAGUCAAUACACUUUAAUGUUUAAACAGUAAUAAAUUAAUAUCAUGCCACUUUUUUUCCUCUUUUUUUCUUGCGCCCGUACACUCCUAUGGUCCUAUUUCUGCUAUUUUCUCUGUGGCACCAUUCAUCACAUCAGGGCAUUUGUUUCUAAAAUGCGUAGUUGACCUGCAAAUAGUACAUUUUCGAGGUUCUUUUUUCUUUUUAGCCUGUAUCAAGAUCUUCUCAUGAAUUGGCUUCAACCUAUCACCCACAGCUACACUUGAAGCUUGAGAUUGUGGAGGGUCCUUGUAGGUGUGCGGUGCUUCUAUCAUAUUUUCAGAUUCAGAUGCUUGUUUUGUUCCACCCACAGUAAUAACAUGGGGUUCAGCAACUACCACGCCAGCUUUUAUGCUGUGAAUUGCCUUAACAAGCUCAUCCACACCUUGCAAAAACAUUGAACUUGUAGACUCAUCACAAGACAUAUCUGCACAAACUUUGGACAUCUUGCUCAUCAUUAUGGCAUAGCACACUGAACUAUCAGCCUCCAUGUUGUUCUUGCCCACAUGGCCCCUCAGCAUCUCAUCAAUCUGUGCAUCCAUUGCAAUUGUCCACCGGGGAAGGAUGAAUGACUCUGGUAGUUUAGUCAUCCCUCUCCUGGUAGCAAUGUUAAACACAUGACAACAAUGUAUUCCAUCUCUCUCAAAUUUGUUGCAAGAGCAUGUAUAGAACUGACCAUCCUCAGAAACUGUCACUCUGUACAAAUCCUUCUCAUAUUCAGCCCUAUCAUAUUUUCUCACCCUUCUCAACAAGAAUGACAGCCCUUGCUCCUCCUCCACCACAUAAGCUGUGCUGUUGCGCAUCUCCCUUUGCAUUUUCCCAAGAAUUGUUCUUGUUAAAAUGGCCAUUGCUUCCUCUUCAUAAAGAGUCAUAGACCAAGUAGACGAAGUUGUCCCCUGCGACACAUAACUCUUGCGGUCCAACUUGCUGAUUUGUUUUUCUUGAAUGAUUUGAUACUGUUCAAAGAAGUUUAGAAUUGUGUCUCUUGGGAGCACAUAGUUCUUGAAUAGUGAGUUUGUACUUUCACUCCUCCCAGUCGUGGAUGAAAAUGGAUAGAAUUUGUCCUUGAAGUAAGCUAGCGCCCAGUAGGCUCUGAUCUCAAAUAGGUGCUGUAGGUAUUCGUUGCUCUCAACUCCAUGUCUCACUAAUACAGCCUUCCACCCAUCCUCAAAUUCAGUUGGAGUGAAUGUGUUCCUUAUAACGUAUCUCAGCUCAGCCCCCAUAGUACCACGUGCAGACAAGUAGCUGGUCAAGUUCUUCUUUAUGUUCUCUAAUAUGUGCUAGUAGCAAAAUCUAUGCGUAGCAUCAGGAAAAACAGCUGCAAUCGCUUUCCACAUUUCUUUGUCUUGAUCAGUUAUUAUGUUUAUUGGCAUCUUUCCACCCAUUGCAUCAAGAAAUGCCCCCAAUAGCCACUUGAAUGUGCUGGUCUUUUGAUUUUGGAGAAGUGCACAGCCAAAAAGGACCGUGUUUCCAUGGUUGUUGACCCCAACAAUAGGGGCAAAUGGCAUGUUGUAUCGGUUCGUACUGAACGUCGUAUCAAAAGAGAUGUAAUCACCAAACAAGUGGUAGUUAUUGCGUCCCAUCAGAUCUGUCCAAAACACUGACCUCACCGUGUCAUUCUCAUCCACCUGCAUGCUAUAGUAGAAGCCCGGGGUCUUCACUUGCUCUUUAGUGAACAUCUCCAGCAAAUCUCUGAUGUCUCUGUUCUUAUGCUUUUCUCUCUCAGCAGAUCUCAUAUUACCUAUAUCUGUUUCAUCAAAGCCAAUGUUUCUGAAACUGCCCAUUAGAGAUCGAAAUAUUGUCAUAACCUUUCGUGGGGGAACUCUACUUUUCUGCAGUAUCUCUAUGAACUUUUUGUCACUUUCUGAAAUAUUUUUGUGGCAUCGCAUGAACCUAACCAACCACUCAGAUGGCAUAAGGUCAUGAUUGUGGUCGAGGUGUACAAGUGAGGCAUACCACUGACCACUCUCCCUUUUAACUAGCAUUCUUACUUGACAGUUUGUCCUUUGAAUGAAAUUAGUUUUCCUCUGCUUUGUAGGAUUGUCGUCAGCAGCGUUGUGUCUCUGCUUGUUGCACACAAACAAUCUCUUGUUCACUUCACCUGUUUUCCUUGACCUGUAGCUUGUGUUCUUUUUAAUUGCAAAUCCCAUGCGUCUUGCAUACACAGCAAACAAGUAAAAUGCUACAUCAUCCAUUUCAAAAUGCAUCCCUUCUUGAGGAGCAAUAGCAGAUACGAUCUCACUGAGUGUGGGAUAGUUUGUGUCACUAAACAUGUUAUCCAUCUCUUUUUCUUCCUGAGUGGGUGGGAAUCUGUCCAGCAGCUCAUCAAUGGAUGCACCAUCUACUUCAGCAGCCUGCUCUCCUCAACCAUUUACAUCCUCUGCAGACGCCAAUGAGUCCUGUUCAAUUGAAGGAGAAUCAAAGUAAUCAUCUUGCUUUUCAUGCACCUUUGUGGAAGGCACCCCUAGUCACAUCAAAAUGUUGCAAGAUGCAACUCCUUUUGAGAGGGGAGAGACUUUGGAAAAUAUUGUUACCAUGGAUCCGGCAAGGAGCCAGCGGCGCCGCCUUUUGGCGCCGCCACCCGCCGCCGCCGGCGCUCGUGGAAAGCCUCCUCAACAAAACGCAUUCGAGACAUGAGGCUGGCUAGCGAAGUGCGCCCCCGUUCAUCUGAAGGAAAAGGUGUGAUGCCGGGGGAGGGCUCCUCGGCGUCAGAUCCGGCAGUGCCGCAGGGGCCGACGCUGGUGGCGGCAGAGGCGGCGGCGAAGCCCCCCCCGGCAGUGGUAGCAGAGGCGGCGGCGAAGCUCCUCGUGCCGGCAACUCUAUUGAAAUGGAGCUCAACGCUGUCUCUACAAGCCAGAUUCCAUUAGCAAAAAUGGAAGGUCCAUCCCCAUCAUCAAAGGCAAAACAAAGUUGUGAUUCUGCAGAUGCGGUUAAUGAUGUGAAGAAUGCAGGGAAUGCAAAGAAGAUUUUCUCAACAAAAUUGAGUUUACCCAAGUUCAUAGCUAUAUCAAAACUGCUUACACCCGACCAGAAAAGGCUAGUGGAUAGCAUGGGGUUUUCCUACCUGCUCGACCUUUGUUGUGAGUCAGUCCCCAGAGGAAUCAGCAUAUGGCUUGCAAAACAUUUUGAUGUAAAGUCUAGGACUCUUAUCUUACCAAAUGGUUCCAGAAUAGUCAUAACUCCACUUUUUGUUCAUCGUGUCCUGGGAAUUCCUAUUGGUGGCAAAGCUGUAUCAAAGAGGUGCGAGGACUCUGUAAAGAGUUGGAUCUGCCAAGAAACAAAAUGCAAAGGCAGCAACCCAACUAUUAAUGAGCUCAAGGCUCUUUUCACACCCCAGCUCAGUGGUGGGAAAUUCAAGCUAAUAUACUUUGAGCUUCUAGACGUACCAAUUACCAGGGACUAUCAACACAUAUCACUACUCAAGUUCUGGUCAACUGAUAUGAUUAAAGCAUUCGAAACCCUUGAUGCUGAAGAUGACGAGCACUCUGUUUUUGGCCGACUGCCGUUGAAAGAUUUGAGCAAAACCAUUUUUUGGGAAAGCACUGUAGAUGAUUCUAUGCUAUCAAAAUCAACCAGUACAUGCGCAGCACCACACUCUGAGUCUGCACACAUGGAAGCUAGUUAUAGGGCUCAAGUUGCUGUAACAGUACAAGAUUUGCAGAGGGAUAUCAUGAAUGCAAUUCAACAGCUUGUAUCAGCCUACACUGAUAGAAUACACAGCUUGUGGGACUCUCUACAACAAGAAUCCAAAGUCUUCAACAAGCAUCCCAAUCCUGAUUUUAGGAAUAGCAGCAAUGCAUCAGAUGAAGUGAAUGUUGCUAAUUCAGUUGCUGCAGGGACAGCUCGUAUGCAUGGUCACACAUCUGUUCCAGUGGGAAGGAAUCAAGGACAUGCAGCAGCAACACUUUCUGAUUGUCACCUUACACAUGCAAAACAAAGCAUUCUCCACAAAACAGAUUUGUUGGCGCCCAAGGUGACCACCCAAGGAGCACCACUUGAAACUGAGCAACACAUUAGAACAAAUCAGGAAGCCGCUAAUCAGGAAAUGUCUUCAUUCAUACAACUACCUUCUUUCAGCCAAGACAGUUCAUCAAACACAGUAAAUCAUGCUGCACACUCUCAAAACCCUAUGGUCAUAGAGAAGUACAGUGCUGAAAUAUCCGGAAGCUCUGUUAUCCAGGACGGCCAAAACCAUUUGCAACCAAGGAUAAGACAACCUAGGAAUAGCUGCAGCAAUGUGUUUCUCAGCCUCCAUUCUUCAUCUUCAGAUACAUCACAUCAAAAGGAAGCCAAGGUUUUGGGAUACAUCACUGUUACAAUAGAUUCAAACAUCGACCAAGCAUCAGAUGAUACAAAUGACAAACAGUCUGCUCAAAACAAUGAUUUCAACUUUUGGGGAAGUGGUAUUGAUUCAAAUUUUGAAGUGAAACCCCCCAAGGCAAGCUCCUAUGAUGAGAAAUAUUUUGGGUUCAUCAAUAAAUAGAAAACAGAACAAACGUUCAAGAUCAUUGAAUGAAUCCAUCUACGAUGCUAUUAUCUGUAUAAGAAAGAAACGGUAGCAACAAAGUUCCAAUGACAAAGGAAAUCCAACAUUGGUGGAGGCCACAAGCACGCAGAUCACAACAGCCCAUGACGAAGGAAUACAUGCUGUUAACAUCAAUGAAAUUACAGAACUGCAUGAUUCGUCUAACCAAAAAUCAGCGCCACCAAACUGUGACGAAGAAAUGCAACAUCACAUGGACAUGGACAACAUUAUACUAUCCACACCUAGCACACAGAGCAAGUUCUGCUACAACUUUAGUUCCCAACUCGUAGAGAAGGAAGUCUUCAAGGAUAUAAUUGACUGCAUUCCCUUUUCUGGACCAAGCCCACGAGUUGAUGAAAUCAAGAAAGUUUGGGUGGAUCAUAAGACAUUUGGUUUGUCGAUGCGAGUGUUUGGCACUAUUUCCAAAUAUACUCUAGAUGUCAUGGGACAAGCAGUUAUGGCAGAACAGUUUGAGAAAGAUCGUCUUGGGCUUCUCCCACAGGGUUUUUGGUACAGACACAUCGUGCCAUAUGAAACAUCUAAAAUAUUCCAAACCUCUAAUUUUGAUGCGUCAAAAGCAACAAAGCUUCUUACUGAGUACAAUGUAGAUAAGAUGGAUUUGGUUUUCCUGCCACUACAUCACGAUCAGUUCUGGUAUUUGAUUGUUGCCAACUUUAGACACAGAAGAUUUGAGGUUUAGUGCCCUAAUUUGGAACUAGAUUCAGUCCGAAGCACUGCUGAAAAAGUUAUUCAGUCCGAAGCACUGCUGAAAAUGUUAUCUUCAGUUUUAAGAUGACUUUUAAGUAUGCAUACCCCCGGUCCACAGCACUCAGCAUUUUUGAGAUGACAACUACCUUUCGCAGCGUCACAUGGUCAAAAAACUACUGCGAUAGCGGUAUAUUUGUUAUGAAACUCAUGCAAAGCCAUGAUGGCGACAAGCAACACCUGUUCAAACCAGAAGAUGCAAAACCACUGCGUGAAUGCAUAUCCUACUACUUGCUGACACA